UUCGCAAUGUGGCCUGGAGCACUAUCGCUGAUAGCGUUACUGGCACUCCUGCUACAUCCAGCAAGAUGUGCUCGGUCGCAGAUGGGUGCGACAAACUUUCGAGAGAAGGAGAAGCAGGUGCUCGACAAUAUCCUCGGCCCCGCCAGCUACGAUGCCCGCAUAAGACCGAGCGGCGUCAACGGAACAGAUGGGCCGGCCAUUGUCCGGGUAAACCUGUUUGUGCGAAGCAUUGCCACAAUAAGUGACAUCAAGAUGGAAUAUUCCGUUCAGUUGACAUUCCGAGAACAAUGGAUCGACGAUAGACUCAUAUUUAACGACUACAAUGGGAAACUGAAAUACCUGACUCUGACGGACGCGAGCCGAGUAUGGAUGCCCGAUCUGUUUUUCGCGAACGAGAAGGAGGGUCACUUCCACAACAUCAUCAUGCCCAACGUGUACAUACGAAUCUUUCCCAACGGGUCGGUCCUCUACAGCAUACGAAUAUCGCUGACGCUCUCGUGCCCGAUGAAUCUCAAGCUCUACCCACUCGACCGUCAGACGUGUUCUCUGCGAAUGGCCAGCUACGGAUGGACCACCGCGGAUCUGGUGUUCCUGUGGAAGGAGGGCGAUCCCGUGCAGGUGGUCAAGAACUUGCACCUGCCUCGGUUCACUCUGGAGAGGUUUUUCACGGAUUACUGUAACAGCAAAACAAACACCGGGGAGUACAGCUGCUUGAAGGUGGACCUGCUCUUCAAAAGGGAGUUCAGUUACUACCUCAUCCAGAUUUACAUCCCCUGCUGUAUGCUGGUCAUCGUCUCCUGGGUCUCCUUCUGGCUGGAUCAAAGCGCCGUGCCGGCUCGCGUGUCCUUGGGAGUGACGACUCUGCUGACGAUGGCGACCCAAACGUCGGGGAUAAACGCCUCGCUGCCCCCGGUGUCGUACACCAAAGCCAUCGACGUUUGGACGGGGGUCUGUUUGACCUUCGUGUUUGGGGCGCUGCUCGAGUUCGCCCUCGUCAACUACGCCUCGCGCAGCGACAUACACCGCGAGAACAUGAAGAAGAAGUACCAGGAGAUGGAGCACUCGGCCUCCGUCGAUCCGGCCUCGGAGCCCUUCGAGCCGGAUACCGCCGGCUUUGCCAUGGUCGUGGCUGUCCAAGUUCCCGACGAGGUCCAAGCGGAUAGACGUAAUCGCACGGAUAAUCUUCCCCCUCGUUUUCGCACUGUUCAAUCUCGCGUAUUGGUCAACGUACCUAUUUCGGGAGGAAGCGGAUGGCGAGUAAGCCUCGACGACAACAACGAGGAGGAAGCGCUUGGAUCAAGGGAUGUGGCACGCGGCCACCUCUAUUACUCCCAGCCCCGCUCGGCGACGGCUCAACAACAAGCCUCAGCCGUCGUAGCGGCGUCACCCCUGACCACGGCCAGUCUCGCGGCGUCCUAUCAGCAGCAGCAGCAGCAGCCAACAUCGUUAGCAGCCAUCGCCGCGGCUGGCCUCCCAGUAGCCACCACCAGUAGCCGACCCCCCAGGCAACAGCAACACAAGCACCACUACCACCACCCCCAUCAGCACCACCAUCAGCAGCAGGAACAGUCCCCGCAUCAUCAUCACCAUCAUCACCACCAUCACCGUCAUCGUCACCGCCACCACACCCAUCACCACCACCAUCAGCACCAAGAGCAGCAACAGGAGCACGAGCAACAGCAGCAGCAGCUUGAGGAGCAGGACUCCCCAACACCGUCGCCCUCGCCCCCGCACUCGCAAACGUCGCAGCGAAGCAGCGCCAGUAUACACCAGCACCACGCCCACCACAGGGCGGCCCUGCAGCAGCAGUUGCGCUCGCGCUCGCCCAGCUCCUCGUCCGUCACGGAGAGCGAGGGCCGGCCAGGCGGCGGCUGCUCCUCGCGCGGCAGCCAACGCUCCCGGCACUCCCGGUCCCGCUCGCGCUCGCGCAGUCCCGCGGCGGCCAGCCCGAGCGCCACCGUCGUCCAGGUGCAGCUACCGCCGAGGCGGCGCUCCUCCUGCACGCCGUCGCCCACCUCCCACCUCGUGGCUGAGCUCGAGUCUGCCGCGGCGGCCGCCCAACACUACAACCACCAACAGCACCCGGCUCAGCCGGUAACAGCCGAGGCGGCCGCCCAACUGUUGCGCGCCCAAAAUUUCCCGCGCUUUCGGAAACCCCUGGUCAACCCGUACGACGAGCGCUGCUGUUGGGGCUUGUUGCCGAAGCGUUGGUUCACCUGCCACGCCAAGGGCAGCGCUCAAAUCGACGUGCUGUCGAGGUUCCUUUUUCCCUUUAUAUUCGUCAUGUUCAACGUUGGCUACUGGACCCGCUACCUACAGGGAGACGACGAACCCGCGGGUAACUGAUGACGAUGCGCGGCCCGGCCAAUUGUUCUUCUUCUACUCGUGUGCGCCCCUUGUGUGACCGUUGUUGUUGUUAUUGUUCAUGUUGUUAAUGAUGAGAGUGUUGUUGUUCUUGUUGUUGUUGUUGUUGUUGUUGUUGCUGUUGUUGCGAGCGAGGGAUGGGGGAAGCGGUACCGCGGCGAGCCUCGAGCUGCACCGGUGUGGCAGCAGCACUUGACGAUAAGAGUGACAAAUCAUCAGACGAUUUCGGCCAUCAGCUGACUAAGGGCCGGCCGGUCCCUCCAUGUAUCGCAGAGCUCGCCGCCACGCAAGUUUAAUGAAAGGGAGUCCUCAUUCACCUACGAUAGCCCAGGGCGAACACGGCCAACGGCAGCCUUUACUUAUGAAAGUAACGAAAUUUUCAUUCGCGUCGAUCGCUUGCAUGACGAGUAGACGGGGAGGCGGCGAGUCUUGUUCAAAGGGCCACCGGCCGGUUGUCUGUAUUUUUUUUAUUUUAUUUUUUUUUUUUUUUAUUCAAACGCAUAAACAGCUGCUUUUUACGAGUCGUUCUAUUAAAAGUAACGAGUACAUUAUACAACUUUUCAUGCAUUAUAUGCGUGCAGAACCAGCGUUGGCUGUAAACUUGAUCACGACCUUUCCUAUUCGAUAAUACAAUUGUAACGUAUACUUGACGCGCGAAUUCAUCGUUACUACAUACAAAUUGUAUCAUAUGGUUUCAUCGUAUACGAGCAACACACGCGUGUAUAUAUAUAUAAAAUAAUACAAAAAACGGGAUUUCUAUACAUACGCAAGAUUUCUUUUAUUCUUUUUUUUUCAUACCAAGACCUUUUUGAUAUCGUACAAAGUGCAUUUCAAUGGUUAACCGUUAAGGAUUAUAGGUAGGGGUGGGGAUCGCCGAGAGUAAUGAUGAUGAAAUCGUCGCGCGGACUCGCGACCGCAAAUCGCCGAAGAGCAUGAAUAAACGAGGCUCGCAGCCGCUACCGCCGACGGGGUACGCAGAUACAUACACAAGUAUAAACGCAUGUACCUGUGCACCGCGCAAAACCCCCUGUCCGGGGAAUGUCGAUUUCUGGGUGGAACGAAACGCUUUAUACUACAUACAUGUAAAACGGGGAAAAAGACUCGGGCGCGAUUGUUGUGUGUGUGUGUGGGAGAGUCGAUAUCGCGCGCGUUUCGUUGUGUGCAUGCCAAUGGGAGCGAAAGCGUGAAUGCGGCCGGCCGUCGUAACCAUAUUUAUACGUACAUGUAUACUGUAUUUUCGUGUUUGUGCGUACGCGCGAAAGUGAUUCCACGUUGAUUGGAUGGGCCGAGCGGUUCGGGGCGCGAAAAUUUUGCCGAUUCCUAAUUGGAAAAUGUAAAUGAAUGCCAUUCCACGCGUAUGGGCUUAGGAUACAGGGAAGUACUGAAAAUGUCUACCCAAUGAUCUUGAGUUCGAGGAGGUGUUGGAGAAUCGGGGAGUUUUCCCUCCGAGUCGCUCGGGUCAUCGAAACCGAAUCACUGCAGGGGCGUGGGCACAUACAACGUUGCGUGUGUAUACGUGUGAAGAGCAUCGUCGAGUAAUACCCAUUAUCCGGGGAGACCGCGCGCCACCAAUAAGUGAUAUUUAAUAAAUUUAGAGGGCCCUGUAUAGCCACGGCCUAUAUCUCCAAAAACGACAAAGAAAAUCUUAGUUAAGGCAUUAAGGAUCGUAAGGCUAAUAAUAAUAAUAAUAAUAAUAGUCGUAGUUUUAGGACAUCCGACGAAGGACGAGCGAGAUAACGUUAAUAUUAAGAUAUGAUAUUAUAUCGACGACUAAGUGAAGAACGAAAUGAUUAAAAGUCGUGAAAUAAACAAAACCCAUUAAUGAUGGACAAUGUGAGUAGAGUGAAGAAGGGGUAAAUGAAAAAAAAAAAAAAAAUAGUAACGCAUCUGUAUAAGUUUAUAUGAUAAAUCGAAAAAAAAGUGAUGAGAAUCAACUGAAAUAUGCUGAAAAUAAAAAAAAAUCAUAAAAAUAGAAUUACUGAUGUGGAUGAUCAAAGUGUAAAAGUAUGAUUAUAAAUAUAUAAAUAUGAAUAUAUAUGAAAAAAAAAAGAAAAAAAACAAAACAAUAUGCCUAUACGUAUGAAAGACAAAAAAAAGGUAAAAACAAGUAUUAGCUCGUUGUAACAACGUUCGAAUGAAGAAUCUUAUCUUUUUAAUUGGGAUUCGUAAAGCGUACGAAAAAGAAUUAAUGAAACAAAAAAAAAAAGAGUAAAAUAAAAAAAAAACCCAAACGGAGAUCCCUUGCGACACAGCGUCGACGACACAUUCUAAAAUAAAAAUGAAAUAAAAAAACAAAAAACAAAAACUAAGGGAAACACGAAAAAAAAAAAAAAAACACACACACACAUCCACAUAACACACCGUCUCGGGAACUAUCGUGCAAACGUCAUAUAUAUACGCCGAUUUUCUCCCUCGAGGGGGCUCGCGAAAGAAGAUGAUUUCUCUCGACUUGCUUCCCGAACAUUAGCGCGAACGCGAUUUUUACGUUUGUAUUAAUCGAUAUAAAAUAAUGAUAAUAAAAAAUAAAAAUAAAAAAUCCGAAUAAACAAGUAAAGCACGACGCCAACGACUGCGACGCGCGAGUUUUUGUACACGGCGAAUAAGCGUCAAAGAUGAUGAGACGAGAGGAACGAAUACUAUGAUUGAGCGACGAAAAUUUUAUACAUGUACACGCUUUCAUUUCAUUAUUCGGAGCCCUGGACGUCGGUAGAGUCGGGAGAGAAAAAUCGAAUUUCAGCGUUGAAAACUCGAAAAAAAGAGAGAAAGAGAGUCAAAAAUGUAGGAGAGUAUGUGAAGGAGAAAAAAAUCGAAAAUUCGCUGCACUAUGCGGUAAACUGAUUCUCGUUAAAGAUCUUUAAUUGGAAUACAAUACACAUAUAUACUCACGCACACAACACAAACAUACACGAGCUGCGUACGAGAGACGUAAUAAAAAACAAGAAUCGCAAUUUUAUUGGAGCUGCAAACGACGAUAAUAAAAUAACAUGGGAAUUAAUUAAAUAUUAUCACAUUUCACGCAAGUGCGUCUGAUGGUUUAUAUGCGUUUUUAAUUAUACAACAUUAUGUUGUUUAUUGUUUUCGUCAUUGUGUCGAUUUUUUACAGUUUACAGCUUUUGUAUUACAAAUUGUUAUUAUUAUAAUUAUUUUUCAGUGUAUUAUCCGGCCACUGCUAUUGAUUGCAAAAUUUCAUAUGAAAAAAAAAAAAAAAAAGAAAAGGUGACUUGUAUUUUUUAUUACGUCAAAUCGCACAUUUAAUUAUACA